AUGGCAAGUCUACCCACUAGUGCCAUCGAUACAACCCCUGUCAACCUGCAGCCACCAUCUUACAUCGUUCGAUCUGAACUUGGAGGCUUUUUGUAUUCUUCAUUUACGCCCCUAGCUAACUCCUCGCCAGAUCUAUCCCAGGAUGCCUCCAUCCGAUACGCCUCGGACAGCAUAGAAGUCGUGCUAGGCUAUCAGCCUCAUGAUGUGCUGAAUCGCUCUUGUUGGGACUACUUUCACCCCCAGGAACUACCCUUUGCGCGGUCGAUUCAUAGCCGCAGUGUGCAUCUGGAUAGGGCGGCUGUCUUGAACUACUGCUCUAUCCGCCAUAAAAAUGGCUCCUGGGUUGGGUGUGAGUGUGUCUUUACGGUUGUCUCUGAUGUUUUGGUAGCGAGUACUACGGUCUAUGGUCAAGGGGAGGGCAGUCAAAAGCGUGCCGUGGAUGCACCCAUUGUCCGCCAGCUCUUCGCUUCUUCUCCAAAUGAUCCCCGUUACCAUAUGCUCACUUGGAUUUCGAACAAGUUCUCGCAGCGCCUCACAGAGCCUCUUCAUGAGGCUCGCGCAGCCUUGUUCGUCAACCGCUUCACUCGAACCGCUACGAUCAUGCAUGCCACGAGCGGGGUCUCGGAGAUUUUGGGUAUUCACCCAACCGAGCUCAUCUCACAGAGUUUCUACUUCUGUAUACAAGAAGAAUGCCUGCGUGAUGUAGUGAGAUGUCUCGAAGGCGCAAAAGCGAAUGAUUCAAUCGCAUAUUUGCGGUUUUGGUUCCGGAAUCCUCUUCAAGACGCAGAUGAUGAAUUCGACAUGGCGACAGAAUCGCCUUCGGUUGAGCUGGAGGCGGUAGUUUCCUGUACCUCGGAUGGACUGGUUGUGAUCCUACGCCGGGCUCGAGCUCCUAUUCCCGCUGCCCCUGCUCCACCCCAACCAGCGUCAGCUUACACCAGUGGUACCUUCGCGGCACCUUGGGCUCCGGACCCUGUCUUUUCCUACGGACCCUCAUCCUAUAACCCCUCGCAUGCUUCAACCUCUGUGGCUACAUAUUCGGACCAUAGUACUAGUUCGUCUCAAGGCCGCAUAUCACGCGGUUCGACGAAUCCUUCGUCUGCAACCUCAUCAAGUGGGACUUUCUGCCGAGAGGGCAUGGAAACUCGCCGAAAAGGUGCAUCCACUUUUGUUUACGAAUCCGAGAAGUCUCCCGUCAACCAAGUGGCAGCUGAAGGACCGGGCACCACGGGGCCUCACGCGCAUUACCUCAUGGAUACCAUUCGUGAUGUUGCUGUCUUCGCAUGGGGGAUUGUUGGGAUCAAUCGCGGAUUAGAACAGUAUAAAUGCGGGAUACCAACUGGCAACGCCCGUCCAGUGGAUGACAUGAACACGGAUAAAAUGGAUGUGGAUGAGAUGCCGUAG